ACAGUAGCCGUGACUAUGUCCUCCUGGUUCGCUUUCAGCUUUCUCCUCGGCAACGCGUUGACGGCCUGGGCCUCACCCCUCGCACGGCAACUGCCCACGUCCCCGUUCGAGACGCUGAGGGCAGCAGCGGCACCGCGCUACUUUGGUGCAGCUCUGGGUGUCCCCCACCUGUUGAAUUUCACGCAUGAUCCGCUGUUUGAUGUGACUGCUGUCUUGCAGUUCAACGGUGCCACGCCGGAGAACGAGAUGAAAUGGGCGUACAUCGAGCCGGAGCGGAACCAGUUCAACUUUACUGGUGGCGACAUCGUUGCUGCGUUCUCCGCCGCCAACGACUAUGUCCUGCGCGGUCACAAUCUCGUCUGGUACCAGGAGCUCGCACCGUGGGUGGAGACCCUGACGGGUGAGGACCUAUGGAACGCUACUGUGAAUCACAUCACGACUGUGAUGACACACUACAAGGAGAGCUUCAAUAUCUACGCUUGGGACGUUGUCAACGAGGCUUUCAACGACAACGGUACCUACCGGGAGAACGUUUGGUACACCCAGCUCGGACCGGAUUACAUCCCGAACGCGUACGCCGUAGCCAGAUCCGUGAACACGCCGUCUAAGCUGUACAUCAACGACUACAAUACUGAGGGCAUCAACAACAAGUCCGAUGCACUGCUCGCCGUUGUGCAGAGCAUGAAAGCACAUAACUUGGUUGACGGUGUUGGCUUCCAAUGCCACUUCUUCGUCGGCGAGCUCCCCCCGGACCUCGAGCAGAACUUCGCGCGGUUUGUGGCCGCGGGCGUCGAGAUCGCCGUCACCGAACUCGAUAUCAGGAUGAACCUCCCGCCUUCACAGGCUGACAUUGAGCAGCAGGCCCGCGACUACGCCACAGUCGUGAAUGCAUGCAAAGCACAGGGUGCUGCCUGCGUUGGGAUCACCACCUGGGGUAUCACCGACCUUUACUCAUGGAUUCCCUCCACGUAUCCCGGCGAGGGAUAUGCCCUGCUCUUCGAUGACAAUUAUGUUCCCCACCCGGCAUUCAAUGCGACUAUUCAGGCCUUGCUCGCUUGA